GUCCACGCGAGACUAAGUCUGUAUGGGGUGUUGCUGCCCGCGUUGAUUGCGUUGCGUGCUGCCCGUCCUACAUCAAGCCAGGGGUUCAUUUUAAGGGGUUCAAAUAUUUUGUAAAGCGAUCUGAUAUUUUGACCAUAAGGGAUACCUGGGCGGAUAAUGAAUCGUAAUGUUGCCAAGCGCCCUGGUGGCGGCAAGAACCGCGGCGGAGGUCGUGGUGGCCACGGCAGCCAGUAUGCUGGCCCCAAGCCCAAGUCCAAAGGCCAGAGUGUCAGCCGAAAAGGCGGAGCAGCCGACUACGACGAAGACGCCGUCGUUGUGCAGCGACCGGAGCCUAAGAACAGAGGUCAGGACAGGAAUUCGGCGGCGCCGGCCGCUCCGGCUGCUCCUUCUCCUGCUCCUACAGUCAGGAGAAAGGUGGAGAUGAAGCGUCUCUACAUGAACCCCGACACGCAGAAACUGAUCACGGAAACGCUGCAGGAGAUCCAGGGCAAGCGGUUCCUGGUGGACGACGUGGACGUGUCGGUGGGCUGGGGGGACCUCAGCCGCCAGUACUGGAUGCACGACCGCCACCUGGUGGUGGAGGGCGCGCGUCUUCACGCGCCCGCCGACCACCAGGAGACCGACCCCGAGGCCGAGUUCCACCAGUACGCCAUGGACCAGCUGCAGAGGUACGGCUUCCACGAGUCGCGGUGCGCGGCGGCGCUGGCGGCGGCCGGCGGCCAGUUCGGCCGCCGGUGUCGCGACAGUCACGAGCCGCCCGGGGGCCGGCCGCGCACGCCCGAGCAUCUGCGACGGCCCGACGAGCCGGCCGGCUUCACGCUGGAGAACGGCACGGUCAGGGCGCCGCGGCCGGCGCGGCCGUCCGCCCGCCGCAGUCACGAGUGGGAGGAGCUGCGGCGGCGAUUCGCGGAGAAGGCCAACAACAAGGCUUACCUGGAGUUCCAAGAGGCCAGGAGCAAGCUGCCGGCGUGGAAGGAGCGCGAGAACAUCGUCAACACCAUCAGGGAGAAUCAGGUCCUCAUCGUUAGCGGCAUGACGGGCUGCGGCAAGUCGACGCAGGUGCCGCAGUUCCUGCUGGACGAGUGGCUGGCCUCGGAAAGCUCGCGGGACGUCAGCCUGGUGUGUACGCAGCCGCGUCGCAUCUCGGCCAUUGGCGUGGCUGAGCGCGUCGCCCAGGAACGGCUCGAGAAGGUCGGCAACACGGUCGGCUAUCAGAUCCGACUCGAGAGCCGCACCUCCUCCUGGACGCGGCUGCUGUUCUGCACCACGGGCAUCCUGCUGCGCCGGCUGGAGGGCUCCGGCGGCCUCGACGGCGUGACGCACGUCAUCGUCGACGAGGUGCACGAGCGCAGUGAGGAGAGUGACUUCCUGCUGAUGAUCCUGCGUGACCUGCUGCCGCAGCGGCCCGACCUGCGGCUCGUCCUCAUGUCGGCGACGCUGGACGCCAAGCUGUUCUCCUCGUACUUCGGCGGCGCACCCGUCAUCGACAUACCGGGCAAGACGUUCCCGGUCAGCCAGUUCUUCCUGGAGGACGCCAUAGAGCUGACCUCGUUCGCGCUCGAGGAGAGCUCGACGUUCGCGCGGCGUGAGCGGGACCUGCUGACGGCGGAGGAGGGCAGCGGACGGGCCAUCGACUGGCCCCGCGAGCUGGAGCUGUCGGUCCGCGCCGAGCCGCCGCUGGCCAGCCGCCGCGACGAGACGCUGCCCGUCAGCCUGCUCUCAGAGCGGUACCGAGACUACAGCGAGCGGACGAGGAAGGCGCUGGCGCUGACCGAUCCGGACAAGAUCAACUACGACCUGGUGGAGGCGGUGCUGGCGUGGCUGGCCGAUGGCGACCACUGUCACCCGAAGACCGGCUCUAUCCUGGUGUUCCUGCCGGGCCUGGCCGAGAUCAUGACACUCUACGAGCAGCUGCAAGGACACCGGGCGCUGGGCAAGCGGGCGGGCCGCUUCCUUCUAGUGCCUCUACACUCCAGCCUCAGCAGCGAGGAGCAGCAGCUCGUCUUCAGGAAGCCGAAGCCCGGAGUGAGGAAGAUCGUCAUCUCCACCAACCUCGCCGAAACCUCCAUCACCAUCGACGAUUGUGUGUUCGUCAUCGACUGUGGCAAGAUGAAGGAGAAGAUGUUUGACCCGCUGCGCCGCAUGGAGAGCCUGGAGACGGUCUGGGUGUCGCGUGCCAACGCUGACCAGCGGAAGGGCCGCGCCGGCCGCGUCAUGCCCGGCGUGUGCUUCCACCUGUACACCAGCUGCAGGUACCGUCAUCACAUCCGGUCGCAGCCGGUGCCGGAGAUGAAGCGGGUUCCGCUGGAGCAGCUGGUGCUGCGCAUCAAGAUGCUGCCGUUGUUCUCGGGCCGCGACGUGCGCCACGUGUUCGGCCGUGUGCUGGAGCCGCCGACCGAUGCCAGCAUGACGUCAGCCGUGCGUCGGCUGGAGGAGCUGGGCGCGCUAGAUCAACAGGGCCAGAUGACAGCACUCGGCUAUCACGUGUCCGCCCUGCCGGUUGAUGUCAGGAUCGGCAAGCUGCUGCUGCUGGGAGCCGUGUUUCGGUGUCUGGACGCCGUCACCACGAUCGCCGCCUGCCUCAGCUUCCGCUCGCCGUUCGUGUCGCCGUUCUCGCGCCGCGCCGAGGCCGACGCUCGCCGCAGGCGCUUCGCCGCCGGCAACAGCGAUCAGCUCACUAUGCUCAACGGCUACAGGGGCUGGCGGGAGGCGGCCGAACGCUCACACGGAGCCGGCUACAACUUCGCACAGGAGAACUUCCUGCAAGUGAAGACGCUGGAGAUGCUGGCCAGUAUGAAGCACCAGUUCGUGGAGCUGCUGAGCGGCAUUGGGUUUGUGCGAGCCGGCCUAACGGCGCGGCAGCUGGAGCGGUGCGGCCGCGGCCGUGGCGACGGGGUGCUGCAGGCCACCGGACCCGAGCUGAACGACAACGAGAGCAACCGCCUGCUGUCGGCGCUGCUCUGCGCGGCCCUGUACCCCAACCUGGUCAAGGUGCUGACGCCCGAGGCCACCUACACCAAGAGCGAGGGCGGCGUCAUGGCCAAGGACACCAAACACGCCGAGCUCAAGUUCAAGACCAAGGAGGACGGUUAUGUGUUCAUCCAUCCAGUGUCAGUGAAUGCCAAGGUGAGCCGGUUCGAAUCGCCCUACCUCGUCUACAACGAGAAGGUGAAGACGUCGCGGGUCUUCAUCCGCGAGUGCUGCAUGGUGCCCGUCUACCCGCUGCUCCUGUUCGCCGGCAACGGCAUCGAGGUGGAGCGGCACGGCAGCGAGUACAUCGUCUCGCUGGACGAGGGCUGGAUCAAGCUCACCUGUCCCACGCAGACGAUCGCGGCGCUGCUGAAGGAGCUGCGCGGCGAGCUGGACCGGCUGCUGGCCGAGAAGAUCGAGACGCCGGCGCUGGACCUGGCCGCCUGCCCGCGCAGCCGCCGCGUGAUCGCCACCAUCGUGAGCCUGCUCAUGUCGGAGCACUGACGCCCGCCGCCGGCGCGGCCGAUGUCGGCGCCGCUCGGGGAGCGCGAGCGGGAGCGGGAGCGCCGGCCGCUGCCGUUAGAAGGCGGAUGUCCGCCGCCGGUUUGGCGAUGGUGUGACCU